GCCCCCCGCCUCCCGCCUCCCGCUCCAGCUCCCGCCGCCGCCGCCCGGCUGCAGCGCCGACUCCGCGCCCGCCGCCGCCCCGCGCCGGCCGCUCGCGCACCUGUUGGAAGCACCGAAACAGCCAGGGGCGCUGCAUGAGGGGCCGCAGGGGCGACCGCAUGACCAUCAACAUCCAGGAGCACAUGGCCAUCAACGUGUGCCCCGGGCCCAUCCGCCCCAUCCGCCAGAUCUCCGACUACUUCCCCCGCCGGGGCCCGGGGCCUGAGGGGGGCGGCGGGGGCUUCGGGGAGGGCCCGACGGGGCUGGCGCCCCUCGCCCUGGGCCCCCCCGCCACGCUCCUGGGGGCCACCACGCCCGAGGAGGGAGCGGAGGUGGACAGCUACGACUCGGAUGACACCACCGCGCUGGGCAUGCUGGAGUUCGAUCUGCUGUAUGACCAGGCCUCAUGCACACUGCACUGUAGCAUCCUCAGGGCCAAGGGCCUCAAGCCCAUGGAUUUCAAUGGCCUUGCCGACCCUUAUGUCAAGUUACACCUGCUUCCUGGAGCCUGCAAGGCCAACAAGCUCAAAACGAAGACUCAGAGGAACACGCUGAACCCCGUGUGGAACGAGGACCUGACCUAUAGUGGGAUCACAGAAGAUGACAUCACCCACAAGGUGCUCAGGAUCUCAGUGUGUGACGAGGACAAGCUGAGCCAUAACGAGUUCAUUGGCGAGAUCCGUGUGCCCCUUCGCCGCCUCAAGCCGUCGCAGAAGAAGCACUUUAACAUCUGCCUGGAGCGCCAGGCCCCGCUGGCUUCACCCUCUUCCAUGUCGGCAGCACUGAGGGGCAUCUCUUGUUACCUGAAGGAGCUGGAGCAGGCGGAGCAGGGGCUGGGGCUGCUGGAGGAGCGUGGCCGCAUCCUGCUGAGCCUGAGCUACAGCUCGCAGCGCCGGGGGCUGCUGGUGGGCAUCAUGCGCUGCGCCCACCUGGCUGCCAUGGAUGUCAACGGCUACUCCGACCCCUACGUCAAGACGUACCUGAGGCCUGAUGUGGACAAGAAGUCCAAGCAUAAAACGUGCGUGAAGAAGAAGACCCUCAACCCGGAGUUUAACGAGGAGUUCUUCUAUGAGAUGGAACUCUCUGCCCUGGCCACCAAGACGCUGGAAGUCACCGUCUGGGACUAUGACAUAGGCAAAUCCAACGACUUCAUUGGAGGUGUGUCCCUGGGUCCCGGAGCCAGAGGGGAGGCCCGGAAGCACUGGAGUGACAGCCUGCGGCAGCCAGACACAACCCUGGAGCGCUGGCACACCCUGACCAGCGAGCUGCCCCCCGCGGCCGGGGCGCUCCCCUCAGCCUGAGGGGGUGGCAUCCUGCCGCACAGGCCUGCCCCCCGCAUCUGGGGCUGGGCCCACACCCCACCCUCGCACGUGUUGCACGUUUACACGGGGCGGAUGCCCCGCCUCCCACUACCUGUCUUAUCUUGUGAAGAGUCUCCGUGCCGUGGGUCUGCUGUGAGGGACCGUGGAGCCGUGUUCACAUAUGCAAACGCCCACCCCACUCGCUACUCCUCACAGAUAUGCAACAAUCCUCUGCCCUGCGCCUGCCCGGGGGGCCUCCCCCACCCCGCUGGCCCCAGCUGCUGCUCCUCUCUCCUGCUCCCCCAGG